AUGGGACAAGUUUUCUCGACAACGAAGCCAGAAAGUACUCCUCUGACCACCAGUGGAAAGAGAAAGGCCAGUUUUGAUAGCUCUCAGACACUCAAGAAGGCCUGCAAGGAUGCUACUUUCGAAUCAGCCACUCCAGAAGUGAUCAUUACUGAACAAGAUGUCGGAAUUCUUGCUUUUGUCAACCCUAAUCUCAAAGGAUUCUCUAGCAUUAUGAAAUACAGAGCCGAGGACUUUUUGGUUAAUGAAGUCAACCUCGAUGGCAAGAUCAUUAGACUCACCUCUCUUGACCCACCUGUUAUUCCUGAAAGACAAAAGUUCUUUUUAUCUGAUGCCGAGUUUGAUGCAAAGAUCGCUGGUAUCAUUAGCCCUGAGUUCGCCAAGGAAUUGAGAAAUGUGCUCAAUAAUCCCAACGAUAUCACUGUCUCAGCACGUGCAAAGAAGGCUGAUUAUUCCAAUUUCAAUCAUAAGAAUGUCGAAAAGGCAAGCCGUAUCGAUUUCUACAAUGCAAUCGAAUGCAAUCUUGAUGCUCCCUUGAUGACUGAAUGCCUUGAAGGUGUUCUUAUUGCAAGAUGGAAGAACCCUGAUGACACUGCUCAUACUAAAGUUGGUGUCGUUAAAGAAAAACCCAGAAAGAUCAACUUUGACAUAACCGGUGGAGAAUAUGUUAGCUUUUAUGUCCAGAAGUCUGGUGUAGACACUAUGGGCGCAGUGAACAUUAUGGCAAACAUUGGAGGUCCUCGUUUCCUUCCCAAGCAAUUCUCAUACGCAGGAACAAAGGAUGCUCGCGCUGUCACUGUCCAGGAAAUGACUCUUUUCAAGUGCGAUCCUAGAUACCUUUAUGAUGUCCGUAAUGAACUUGCAGAACGUCAGAUCUAUAUUGGAAACUUCUCUUUUGCCAACAAGGGUUUGACACUUGGUGAUUUGAGUGGAAACCAUUUUACUAUUGUUUUGAGUGCAGCACAAUGCGUUUUAAAAGGUACUAUGAGCUUGAUACUAAAAAAAAAGGAUAAUGUUUGGCUUUAUAUUCUCAGAGAUGUCAAUGGUGCUAGUGAAGAAGACAUUCACGAGUCAUUGCAGUCACUCGAAAGCAGAGGUUUUAUUAACUACUUUGGAAUGCAGCGUUUUGGAACCAGCAGCAUUUGCACUCAUGAAAUUGGACGUGCUUUGAUUUCCCUAAAGUUUGCCGAGGCCGCUGAUUUGGUACUUAUGCCCCGCGAUGGAGAUCGUGCUGAUUUUGCUGCUGCUAGAAACCACUGGGCAGAAACAAAGGAUAUCAAGAGUACUCUCGAUAAACUCCCUAGACAAGCACACACUGAGAGAAAGCUCCUUUCAAGCUACCUAAGAUUCGAUAAUCAACACGAAAAGGCCUUUAACUCGUUGCCUCAACAUAUGUUGUCCUUGUACUAUCAUGCCUACCAGUCUUACAUCUGGAACUGUGCAGUAUCUGAGCGUGCAAAGAUUUACGGUUGUGAUAAGCCAGUUGUAGGUGAUCUUGUAUUGGUUGAUGGUCCUGAAAAAUCAAACAACAACAGCAACAACAACAACAAAAAGUACGGAAAUGCCGGAAGAAGAGAUCACUCAUCUCGCAAGGUUCCAAAGGUCUUGACUGAGGAGGAUUUGGACAAUUACACAAUUUGGGAUGUAGUUUAUCCUAUGCCUGGUAGUAGAUCAAAAUAUCCCGCAAAUGCCAUUGGUGAUUUUUACAAGCAGUUGUUGGAGAAAGACAAUAUUAACAUCAAGAAUGCUCAGCAGCACUUCAAAAAGCUGAUGGGUGAUUACAGACCUAUGAUGGUCAAACCUAAAAAUGUUGGAUGGAAAUUCAUUCGUUAUGAUAACCCCGAGACCAAGUUGUUCAACACAGACUACGAUAGAAUUACCUCUGUUCCUGAACCCGUCAGUGUUCCUAAUGGAAAGUACUUGGGUUUGGCUGUAGAAUUGACUCUUGGUACAAGCCAAUAUGCAACCAUGGCCUUGAGAGAGGUUAUGAGAAGCGACACUUCUGCAAAAGCCCAGGCCAGAAAUGUACACACAUAA